AUGGGUCUACAACAUGGCAGAUACGACUCUCCAGCGAAGCUCUCGACCAAGCGUUCUGCCAGCUGUCUAAGCGAUGACGAAGAUGGCAAUCAAGAUGAGCCUGCUCAGGUGAGAACUCGCAAAUUCAGCGUUGAUACAAGCAGCCCCGUACUGCAUGAAUUCGAAAAGUCCCUGCCUACCCAGCCUACUCCUCUCGGUUCAACCGUACCGGAGGAAAGUGAACCAGCGGAUCUCAUGACACCAGAUCCCGUGACACCAGAUAUCGUAACACCAGACCCCUUGACACCAGAUCCCGUUGCACCCAACAAGUCUAUAUGGGCCACCUUGCUUGCUUCCCUCGGGUUUCGCAGCCUUGCCGGGUCCGUUAACAAGAACAACGAGAACCACAAAGACCGUCAUCGUCCAGAACUCAAAAACGAGGAAGAGGAAGAGGAAGAGAAGCCAACAAAGGAGAUCAACGCUGAAAUGGCAGCUAAAAGACACAACAAGAAGCCGCUGUGCAAGUAUGGCACCCAUCGCAAGUUGGAUCGGCCGGGAGAUGAUGUGAAGAACAAGGUGUGCAAGUUCCAUAAGAGUAGGAAGGGUGAAGACAAGAAGGAGGAGGAUUAUGUCUCUCACAACUCCCAAGAGAAGCUACGAGACUUCUAG